UGAAGGCAACGCAUAUUUUCAGCACAGGAAUAAAUCGAUAGCAAUUUGCUCUGUGUAAAUUUUGUGGCAUAAAGUCAAAGACACUUAAUUUCGUCCUCGCUGCCGCAGGAGAAUGCAGACGCUUGACAACGUUAGCAAAAAUAAUCAUUAAAUUGCAUAAAAUCAGUAAUAGUAUAAACUUAUAUCAGCACUCGAAAUAGCACAAGCCUCAUUGAAGCCUCAACGUCCUCACUUGAAUCAGCACCACCACCAGCACCAGCAUCAGCUUUAUAUACACAUCACACAAUGGCUGCAGCAAAUCCAAUCAGCACAAGUUGUCAAAGCAUUGCCUCGGUUAGCAAUAGUUUGAAUCCUUCAUCCAGUUUGGGUAGUGGCAGUGUACGUAGCAGCGGCAACCAUUACGUAAACGGCACUGGCAGUUUGGGUCGUUUAAAAUACUACAAGCACAAAAGUCUAGACGGCAGUGAUGAUGAGGAACUCGAUUAUUCUCAGUUAUCUCAAUCAACUCAUAUAUUGGGGCGCGUCAAGUCCGAUCGCUUCCUUGCAUCGAAGCCUGAUGAAGAUCGUCGACGUCGCACAAUUAUUGUAGAGAAGAAAAAAGACACAUUCGGUUUUACCUUGCAAAGUUAUGGGAUACAUUAUAAAAAGGAUCAAGAAGUGGAAAUGAUAACAUAUGUUGAUUAUGUUGAAUAUGAUGGUCCAGCUUAUAAAGCCGGUAUGCGUGAGGGUGAUGUCAUAUUGUCAAUUAAUGGCAUUGAUAUGGAAAAGGCUGAUCAUAAGACUUUAGUUAAUUUUAUAAAAAGUUGUGAAACUCGUAUGCGUAUGGUGGUACUUUUCGAAGAUUGUGUGCGUAAGGUGGAACUACAUAUGCGAUAUAUACAACUACAAAACGUGUUACAAAGUAAAAUGAAUGAAUUGGAGCGAGUUUGUUUAAGGGAACGCGAACUUUUAGAAGGUAAAUGGAAGACACACAGUUUACCGGCACGUAAAAAGGCUACUACUUCACCUACUGAUGGCGAUGGCAUUACUAUUUCACCUACAGAUGAAACACAAAAUUUACCAUAUUACCGACCAACAUUAUCGACUGAAGAUGUUACAAAUAUAGCCCGACAUCAAUCGCAGCAGACAAUAAUACCACCACCAGCACAAUUUAUGCUCACCUAUCAUUACUUGGAUCCCACUUACCGUUAUGUGCUGAAACCAUCAAAUUCAAGCAAUAGUGCAGAGUAUUUUGUAAGCAUAGGCGAUGGCGUACGACGUAGCCCAAGUGAACAACAUUUUAUACUAACACGCGCAGAAUCUAUAGAUACAGCAAGUGGUGGUAUACAAUACACAAAUCAACAAAAAACUUCCGUAUCUGUUACACAGGCUCCAGCACCACCACCUAGAACAUGUGAAAAACAUAAACCACCGAGUAAACAACAACUACAACAGCAACAACAACAGCAGCAACAACAGCAGCAACAACAACAGAAAACUGAAACAACUCCACAAAAGAGUCAAAAACCAAGUAAACACUGUCAUGGUCAUUCGUGUAAUCCAUGCAUUGGUCACUUUAGGUGGAAGUCAUCUGAAAAAUCUGCUACACCUGCUGUCACCGGUGAUAAUGUCAGCUUAGAUGCUUACGAUUUAGCAAGCCCAUGCUGUGAUACACACUGUGUACCAUCUCGUAGACGUACUCGACAUCACAAGGAACAUACACACAAACACAAACACAGGGAACGUGAGAGAGAAUCCAAAGAGAGACCACCAAGACCAAAAUCACAAGCAAAUGCUUCGCCAGCUACUUCCAGACAUCAUCAUCACCAUCAACAUCAUCAUCACAAUCAAGUACAGCAUCAACAGCAGACACAACAGCAGCCACAACAACAGCAACAAAAUCAUCAACAUCACCGUCAGCAUCCGGCAUGUGACUCACACAGCGGUAGCAUACGUUCUCGCUACUUUGAUCUUACAACUGGACUAGCUAGUCAUUGUAGCUUGCAUUCCUGUACUUCGAGUGAACUUGCAGCUGCAGACUCAACUUCCUAUACAACAUCCUUGAGCACUGAUACUUUAUAUUGGGAUCCCAAAAGUGAGAAUGCGAAUUCUAGACAGCAUUCAACUAAGUCUAGGCAAUCAUACCAGCAGCCACAAUCACAACCACAACCACAACAACAGCAACAACACCAAUUGAAUAUACAGCAACAUCCUCAUAUACAUAGUGUUUAUCAGCAGCGCUAUCAACUCACAGCAACACAAAUACAGCCCUCACAAAUAUAUCCAAAUACUGCUUAUGUGCACAAACCCAAAUCUUGGGAUAAUUUAACUACCAAAGCAAUUAGUGGUUACGGAUUCGGUUAUGGUUAUCUGGAUACGGUCACCGUGAAACCGACGGUUAAAUUACAAAUUGCACAACAACGUCAUUCCAUACCACGCAAGAAUCCUUAUGGACGUUAUUCGACAUAUACAGAUGUGGAGAAUUAUGCUCCGCCACCAGCACAAUUUGUAGAGGAGAUGACCACCACUACAACAACAACGAUUACCGCCAAAUCUACAGAAGAACUGAUUUCAACUCCAAUUCAAGAUAUAAGUAGCUGUGAUUGUAUGACAAAGCAACAGCAGGCAGCUCUGAAAGCAGCACAAUAUCAAUUAAGCCAGAGUCAAAAAAUGUCUCAUCAAAACAAUUGCCAAAUUGGUUAUUAUUCGCAUUUGCCAAGACCUACAACAGAUGCUGGUACCUUGACAACACCAUUAAAUGGUACCGAAGUUGAAACGGUUUCAGAAAUAACACGUUUGUAGGUAACACUUGUUUAGACCAAUACAUCAAGUGCGAAUAAUAAAGAAUUGGUCUAAAUACUAAAAGAAACAUAUAUAAGUAUAAGUUAGAUAAAAAAAAUCGGAUGUAGUAGGUUUUCAAAUUUGUCUAACAAAAAGUGAGUUAUGUGCUAAUUAAUUAAUUAGUAUAUAUGCAUUAAACAUAAUUACCAAAGAAUAUAAAGACAAUAGAAAUAUAUAGACAUUACAAUAGUAGACAGUACAUAUGGGAAGAGCAUUACAUAUUAUUUAAAAAUACUUUCUUACUAACUAAUUCAAUACAUAUUAAUCUAUUUCAGAAGUCUAUAUAUUUAGUAGAUUUUACGCCGAAUUUCAGUAGUUUGGAACGAAAGCAUGGAACCGUUAGCUAUGAAUAACCUGAUAGAGCUUUAACAGUUGCUUCAGAAUUUUUUUGAAAUUAAUUGUAUCAUUGCCGAAAGUUGAACCGUUUCCAACACUGGCACAAUGGUUUUAGUAAAAGGUAAAUGAUGUGAAUAAGCGCGGUUAUAAAUUAGAAUAAUUAAUUAAAUUUUGUUAUAAGAAUUUGUUUUGUUAUUAAAAA